AUGUGGGGCUGCAGGUCCAGGCUGGUUUGGCUGCUGGUGCUGUCGCUGGCCUGUCUGGGCCCAGUGCUGGGGGACGAGGAGAAGGAUGAGGAGGUGGUGGCAGAGGAGGAAAGGGAGAAAGAAGAGGAUGAAGUGCUCUCAGAUGAGAUCAAGGAGGAGGACAAUGUCCUGGUGCUCCAUGAGCACAACUUUGCCCGUGCCUUGAGUGAGCACCAGCUGCUGCUGGUGGAGUUCUAUGCACCGUGGUGUGGGCACUGCCAGCAGUUGGCCCCCGCCUACACCCAGGCGGCCACCGAGCUGAGGAACGAGUCCAGUCCAGCACGGCUGGGCAAGGUGGAUGCCAUGGCACAGACAGCCCUGGCCAACGAGUUCAACAUCACCUCCUACCCCACGCUCAAGCUCUUCCGCAAUGGCAACCGCACCCACCCCCUCCCCUACACCGGACUCAUGGACACGCGGGGCAUUGUGCGCUGGAUGCAGCGCCGGGCCGGCCCCAGUGCCACGCUGCUGCAUGACACCGACACCGCCAACGCCUUCGCCAACUCCGAGGACUUGGUGGUCAUUGGCUUCUUCAAGGACCUGAAGGGCCAGGCAGCCCAGGCGUUCUACGAUGUGGCUGCUGAGAUGGUGGACAUGCCCUUUGGUGUGGCGGAGGCGGCUGAGCUCUUCCAGGCCUACGGGCUGUCAGCUGACACCGUCUGUCUCUUCAAGAAGUUUGAUGAGAGACAGACAAACUUUCCCGUGGACCCGGUGCGGGGGCUGGACACAGACGAGCUCUCGCGGCUGCUCCGCGUCCACAGCCUGAGGCUGGUGACGGAGUUCAACGAUGAGACAUCCAACCAGAUCUUUGGUGCCAAGAUCCCCCAUCACAUGCUGCUCUUCCUCAACAAGUCAUCAUCAGAGCAGCUGUCCCUGCAGGACGGCUUCAAGGCAGCCGCCGGCACCUUCCGGGGUGAGGUGCUCUUCGUGGUGGUGGAUGUGAAUGGGUAUGGCGCCGACGUCCUGUCCUUCUUCGGCAUGACCCCCGCCGACGCCCCCACCCUGCGCCUCGUCAAGAUGGAGAACAACCGCAAGUACCAGAUGGAGCAGGACUCCUUCUCGGACACGGCCAUCCGCACCUUCAUCCAGGCGGUGCUGGAUGGCAAGGUGAAGCCCCACCUGCUGAGCGCGGAGCCCCCCGAGGACUGGGACACACGGCCUGUCAAAGUCCUGGUGGGGAAGACCUUCGAGCAGGUGGCGUUCGAUGAGACCAAGAACGUCUUUGUCAAGUUCUACGCUCCGUGGUGCUCCCACUGCCAGGCCAUGGCACCCGCCUGGGAGGAGCUGGGCGAGCGCUACAAGGACCACGAGGACAUCGUCAUCGCCGAGAUGGAUGCCACGGCCAACGAGCUGGAGAACAUCACCAUCCACGGCUUCCCCACCCUGCACUACUUCCCCGCAGGGCCAGGCAGGAAGAUGGUUGAGUACAAGAGCACCCGAGAUGUGGAAACUUUUUCCAAGUUCCUGGAAAAUGGGGGGGUGCUGCCCGUGGAACCUCCUGUGGUGACCAAGACCCCUGGGAACAGCACAGGCAAGGAGGAUCCAAGUGUGCUGGGGACAGAUGAAACCCGGGAUGAGCUGUGA